AUGGGUGGCGUUACCGUUCGAGAUGUCGAUGCGCAAAAAUUCAUCGAGGCAUAUGCAGAAUUUCUGAAGCGACAAGGAAAACUCCGAGUGCCAGGUUGGGUUGACACGGUCAAGACCUCACACUCAAACGAACUUCCUCCCCAAUCCGCCGACUGGUUCUACGUGAGAGCCGCCUCGGUCGCUCGACAUGUUUACCUACGAAAGUCCGUCGGUGUUGGCCGUCUCCGAAAAGUUCACGGCAGCACCAAGAACCGUGGCUCUCGGCCCUCGCACCACGUCAACGCAUCCGGCGCCGUCGAUCGCAAAGUCAUGCAAGCUCUUGAGGAGUUAGGCAUUCUAGAGAAGAUUGAUGAUGAGGAGGAAGGCGGUAGCGGAAAGGGCGGACGGAGAAUAACCCAAGCUGGUGCACGAGAUCUGGACCGUAUUGCGCAGACUGCUGUGGAGGGCGACGAAGAAGAAGAGGACUAA